GACAUUCCUGGAAUUCUUCGACCUCGUCGGUUUACCAUCCCACACCGUGCAUGCCUCUACAUGAGCUCAUUCUGUCGAUAAAUUCUCCAGGGCGAACUCAACGAUCAACGAUAUCCUUUGCGCAUCGUAUCUUCUAAUCACAUUUGGUAUAUCAGCAGUUGGAGUUGGAGAUCACCGGCAUAGCAUCUCUGGCCAUGGGGAAUACGCAUACGAAAGACUCGAGGGGCGGCUCCCGCAUGGGACCCCACGGUUCGCACCUAGACCCUGGAGGAAGUUCCACUGGAGCCGGAUACCAUGGGCAACUUCCAGAUCGAUCAAGGCGUACUAGUCGAGCUGACUUGGGCGGUUUGGGCUUGUCCUUUGGUGGCUCCUCGAAUGCCCGUAACCAAGAUGCCCCGUUCGAACACCGAGAGACGAAACAGGAGAAAGAAGCCCGAAGAUUGGAGAGGGAGCGAGUCGCUCGAGCUAAGGAACGCGACCGCAGCAUGAGAGAAGAGCAGGUUGACGGGGGCUAUUUAGUUACGAUGGGCGUUUACACGGCAUCCGAAGACUUCAACAAGCCGGUGGUCCGCCAAUUACAGAUCGAGAGAAGACUGGCGCCUUUUUGGCGUGGACUUGACGACUUCAACGAGAGCUGGGCUGAGCAUCAGAUAAUCGCCGCAGCACGAGGAAUCGAGAUCCCCCCCGCCGACCAAGUCCCAGAGAAUCUCAUACCGCAGCCGAGGCCCGCGGAGCCCGCAGUCACAUCGUCAAAUCUUACCGUCCCGAUAGGCCCUAGAACACUUUCAGUCCCUUCCGACUAUCCUGGCUCGACCAUGCCUUCUUCCCCCACAUCGCCUCUCCCUUCAAAAUCCAGCUCGCCUUUCAAACCGCAGAAGAAGUCUCUGGCGGCCGCUUUAAACCUUUCUCGAAAUGGAUCAAAUACAGAUAUCAUUACGCCACGGGAAAUAAGCCUGCCCCACGACCCUUUUGUGAACGGACAACCUCUCGAGGUUUUUCUGUACAAGGAGGGUAUUGAAUGUCCGCUCUGCCUCAUGUACUAUCCCCCAUAUCUGAAUCGUACACGUUGUUGCUGCCAGAUCAUCUGCAGCGAGUGCUUCGUACAAAUCAAACGCCCUGAUCCACAUUAUCCCGAGCAUCACGUUGACGGAGAAACAACCCAAACGCCGGCGAGCCCCGAGGAUCACGACGGUGAACUCGUCAUGGAACCAGCCAAAUGCCCAUAUUGCACUCAAACAGAGUUUGGCGUGACAUAUGAGGCCCCUCCUUUCCGCCGUGGUUUGACGUACGCUUUCAGCCCUUCGACCUUGGGUGCUAUGAGCACGGCCAUGUCGUCUUCCAGCUCUCUCAACUCAAACCUGUCACCGGCUUCCGCUGCGCCUUUAUCCCCUGCUAAUCGCCGGAGAACGCAAAGUGUGUCGGCCAACGCGCCUGGAGUUAUCACCACCGACCGUGUCCGGCCUGACUGGUCUACGAAACUAGCCGCGGCUCGGGCUCAACAACGUCGCAGGGCAGCAGCUGCGGAUGCCCUGCAUCAUGCGGCCUUUGUUAUGGGCAAUCAGGAAUCGCGCACAAUAUUUGGUCGAUCAUCCCGGUUUGGCCGCAGAGGUUAUCGUGGCAACGAGAGUCCCAGCAGUAGUUCCAACCCUCAAGCCAACGAUGGUGGAGCGGACAACCGCUCUGGCCCAGAACCUACUCCUCAGACCCCUUCCAGCCGAUCGGGUCCUCCUCGUGAGCGAAUAGACGCCGCACACCUCGAAAACCUUAUGAUGGCAGAAGCAAUACGAUUGAGUCUAGCCGAUGAGGAAGAGCGUCGCAAGAAGGCAGAUAAGGAAGCGCGCAAGGAAAGCAAAAAGCGUGAGAAGGAAGAGCGAAAGGCGGCCAAAAAGAAGGGAGACGUGUAUGGUGGCAGCGGCAGUGGCGCCAGCGCGAGUACUCUUAGUCUGGGUCUCGGGCGCAGGCGAGGCAAUAGUGCUGCCAGCAACCUGCGUGUAGAAACGCCGGUGGCCGGAGCGAGCAGUACCUCUGCCGCCCAGCAGAGCCAUGGUGGAUCAGCGGGCCAAUUACCCAGAUCCGCUGAAGCUUCGACAAGUGACAAGGGGAAAGCAAUCGAUCGUAGGGAGAAUGAUGGGGAACAAUAUGAAAUUUCUGGAGGUCCAUCCCUACCUAUUCCAGUGCCGUCUCAGCCCUCGCGAGGGUCGUCACAUCUACGGCAGAUGAGCAAUGCUAGCUCGGUCAGCUCUAGCGGAGUCGACAGUAUGCCAGGCAGCUAUACCGGCCGAAACGUAGGGGCCGAGUCCGAAAUGUCGAGGUCAGGCGGCCUUGGUUUAGCUGGCCGUAGUGAGGAGGGCGACAAUACGAAUCUUGAAUCGAUGUUUAACUUUAGGAGCUUGGCAGAGAUGGUUGGCGUUCCGAUAGAUGGCGAAGCUCAGUCACCAGCCGUUGAAGAUGCAAGUUCGGGUAGCAAAUCUGCGGAUGCUGAGAAGGCCCACGGUGAGCAUAUAGAACAUGCCACGGAUGUGGUGGCCGGAGAGGGAGAAGGCAAGGAAGCUUUGCCGAAACUUAUGACGGGUGAGAAUAGGCAAACCCCGGGAGAAAGCAGGGGAGAUGGUGCCUCCCCGCCUCACGUUAUGGUUACCCCCGAAACGCCGGCACCUGCCAAUGAUGACAACGAAGACGCUAAGCAACUUGGGCAUGUCGAUACGGCAGAGAGGCCGCACGAGGUUACGCAAUAAAGGCAACUUUGUUCCUUAUUGUUUCCUUUUGUUUUCUCUACGUUUGUCCAAUAAAUGGGCGAUAAUAGCAAGUAAGGAUCAUGGAUAUCUGCAUUAAAGGAGGUGGUAGGCACUAUCGUCAUUUUUCUAGUUCGGAGUUGAGGGAUGUAUACAUAGGUAGAUAGUUGGCAUUCGGUCGUGAUAAUAAGGUGGUAUUCCCUCGCAAAGCGAUGUCAACGAGCGGCGAGAUCCGGUAAAGAAGGACCUUGUCGGAAAUUGCUUUCCCAAAUAUUUCGUAGUUUCCUUGUGUUUACUCAGCGCUACUGGAAGAGUCGUUGGGUUUUGUUAGUAGACUCGAGAGUAGUAGGUAGAUUUACCAGCUUACUAGGUAGUCUUUCAGAGUUAACCUCAGAUAAAGUACCUACCUACCUAGUAAAGGUGAAAGAUGGGUGCAUGGGUUAUGCGCCUCAUCUGACUAUACUAUUAAAAUGCUGGCCGUUGUUAAGCUAUAGGAAUUCUCAACUAUUACCUACCUAAACAAGUUCCACUCGUCAAGAAUUCUUAAACCACUUGAUAAUUGUACUAUAA